AUGGGCGACACACCAAUGACGGAAGACAUCGCUCUCGAAACUCCAAUCCCAGGCGUCUACAUCCCACCCUCAGUCAACAGGCCAGCGACCCUCGCAGGCGACUCGUACACAUAUUACUCGCCUCUGCCGCCGAAUCUCUCGCCGACACCUCAAGAUGCCGCCUCGUCUGCCGUGCCAGAGCUCGCAGCCCCCGACUCGCCCGCCGUCUGCCUCGGAAUCGACGAGGCCGGCCGCGGCCCUGUCCUCGGCCCCAUGACCUACGCCGCCUUCUACCUCCCCAUGCCCCUCUCCGACCCGCUCCUCCGCGAGACGCACCAUUUUGACGACUCCAAGGUCUUGACGCCCGCCGUCCGCUCUGCCCUCAUGCGCGCCCUCUGCAGCCCGUCCACCGACCUCGCCGCCUCGUGCGGCUACGCCGUCCGCUCCCUUUCGGCCCGCGACAUCGCCUCGGGCAUGCUCAGCACCGCGAACCCCUACAACCUCAACGCCCAGGCCUUUGACGCCACCGUCGAGAUCAUCAAGGGCGUCAUCGCCCGCGGCGUGCGCGUCGAGGAGAUCUACGUCGACACCGUCGGCCAGCCCGCCGCCUACCAGGCCAAGCUGCAGCGCGUCUUCCCGAGCGUCAAGAUCACCGUCGCCAAAAAGGCCGACAGCCUCUACCCCUGCGUGUCGGCCGCCUCCGUGUGCGCCAAGGUCACGAGGGACGCGGCGCUCGAGGUCAUGUACGAGGCCCACAAGGCCGCGAACGGGGGCCACGGGGGUGCUGAGGACGGCGAGGGCAUGGCGUGGGGCUGA